GUCAUUGUCAAAUCAGUAUUAAGUUUAGCUGUGCCUAAUCUUCUACUGAGAGUAAUAAUGGUUGAACACAGAGAGAAAGCCAGAUAAAUCGACGCCGAAUUGUAUAGGCCGCAGAGACGUCGAAAUCAGAUUUGCAGAUUGGCGGGUACUUCAUCCCCGGAGACUCGGAUGAUGCCCAAGAACUCCAUUUCUGUCCGGAUGCCAUAAAUUUCUGUCUGGAGUCAAUUGGCUUCUUCCAUCGGAUUUUUCAUAGGGUAUGGUGACUGUGCCAUUUACAAUUUCACGUAUGAGUAGCUGUGGAGGAGUGAGGCAAUUCGGCUUCUGCCCUCAAUUUCAAAAGUUUCCUCACAGCAAAAGGCCAUGGCUGCUCCAACUGAAGCAACAAAGGUGGAGGAAUGGAAACCCCCCUUUAAUUUCCAAACAUGUCUCCGACUUCAAAUUUGCUCCCAAAGCUGCUGCUGCUGCUUCGUCUUCUCCAGCACCAGCCGACUACUCCGAGCAACUCUUGGGAGUGAAACCAGGGCCGGAUAGUCAAAAAAUCGCCGGCGUGGAUCAGGAAGAGUUGGAGGAUCCAUCUCCUUUGGGGGAUCCAGAUAGUUGUUUUUGCGAGUUUAAAGGAGUAAAGAUACACCACAAACUAUGUGAUCCUGAAUCAUUUGAUGCAGACUUGUCAAAAGAUGCUAAUAACACUCAAAUAUCUGAAAACACUAAAAGAGUUGGCCUCGGUCUUCCUAUCAUUCUUUUCCAUGGUUUUGGAGCUUCUUUGUUUUCAUGGAAUCGAGUCAUGAAAUCUUUGGCCCGUGUCACUGGUUCAAAAGUUCUUGCCUUUGACAGGCCGGCCUUUGGCUUGACGUCAAGGGUGGAUCCAUCAAAUUAUUCACCCCCUGCCAGUGAAGAUACUAAACCUCUGAAUCCAUACUCAGUGAUGUUUUCAGUUCUGGCAUCACUAUUUUUUAUGGAUUUCUUGGCAGCUGACAAAGCUAUUCUAAUGGGGCACUCAGCUGGUUCCUUGGUAGCUGUUGAUACUUAUUUCGAGGCACCUGAGCGAGUAGCUGCUAUGGUUCUUGUUGCUCCAGCAAUUUUUGCGCCUCUCACGCCACAGAAUUUACCUAAAGAUGAUCAGAGAGAUCGAAACAAUCAGAAACCAGAACAGUCAGAGUCCAUCAAUCGUCAGAAUCCAAUAAUUGCAAUUUUCAGCACCUUGUCAAAGUUUGCCAAAUAUAUUGUGCAGUCAAUAAUGCAAAUUUUUAGAAGCAUGGGAGAUAUGAUAAAUUCUCUUUACAAGAAGGCCUUAUCUACAUUCCUCCGAUCCGCUAUUGGUGUGCUGCUGGUGAGGUGGAUAAUUGAUAAAUUUGGCACUGCCGCUGUUCGAAAUGCAUGGUAUGAUUCAAAUCAAGUUACUGAUGAUGUGUUGCAAGGUUAUGUGAAGCCGCUGAGGGUGAAAGGUUGGGAUAGGGCUCUUGUGGAAUAUACUGUGGCAAUGCUUACAGAUAAUUCUUCUCAAUCAAAGCCCUCGCUGGCGAAAAGAUUGAGUGAGAUUUCAUGUCCAGUCCUUAUUGUUACUGGAGAUAGCGACCGGCUAGUUCCUCCUUGGAAUUCUCAAAGGCUGUCAAAAAUCAUUCCAGGAUCACGCCUAGAGGUAAUCAAGAAUUGUGGCCAUCUACCACAAGAAGAGAAGGCCGAAGAGUUUGUAUCAAUCGUGGAGAAAUUUCUUCGACGAGCAUUCGGUGCUUCAGAGGAGCAGCAGUAUUUGCAAGCAGUGACUUGA